ACAUAUAUUUUCACAGUCCUUUUCAUUGUUUCAGGUGAGUCCUUUGAAAUUAUCAGAUUCAUAUUCUGUGCUGCUAAGCACCAGAAUAUGUUUUUGCCCUAGAACUCAGAAUUAAAACUCAGAUGGCACAUUGGAUGAGGCAACAAGAAAAGAUCUUUUUACAGACACCUUCUGUAAAGUGUGUGGAGCUGUGCUACAAUUUGAGUCUCAAAGGAUUUCACACUAUGUGGUGACUAAUGUAUCAUGGAGCUACAUGUACUACUGCAAUGCAGGGACGUGGGCAUAAAAGUGGUGAGGAGAUAUCACCCCAAAUUUAAAAUCUGUAGAAACAGCUGAUCCUCCACACUGUGAGGCAGGAUGCACCAGUCUGGGAGGCAGAGGAGCUGGGUUCUAGUCUUGGUUCUACAGUGGACUUGCUCUGCGACCUGAGGGCAAAAAGCAUGCUCAGAAAGUUCGACUUUAUUUCCAAGUACACGGUGAGCAAGAUGAGGGGCAAAAGUCUGGAAAACAGAAGAAGACCGAUUAUAUCAACUUUCAGAUGGAUGGAAGUGGAGUAGUGGAUAAAAACAAAUACUGCAGUCUCUGCAAUAUGAUUUUUACUUCCCCAGUUGUUGCUCAGUCUCAUUACGUGGGGAAAAUCCAUGCCAAAAAGCUAAGGCAAUUAGCAGGAGACCAAGCUCAGAUGCUAGCACAGAGCACCCAGCCAGAAACUGCAAGUCCACCCACUGGUCCUUCUGCAUUGCCAACACCCCAGCAGCCCUCAGCAGAGAAGUCCUCACAAGACAUAGAGACUGAAGAGUCUGCAUCAUCCUCCAGUACGACUUCAGAUUUAAAUGAUCCAGACAAGUAUUGCAAGCUCUGUUCAGCUCCCUUCAAUAACCCACUGAUGGCCCAUCAGCACUAUGUUGGUAAGAAGCACAAAAGGAAUGAAUUGCGGAAGAAAAUGGUGAAGGACCUGGGGGAUGAAGCUCUUCCUGCAGAAUCCAGUGCAAAUGUCGGGGUUGGUAACUACAUAUGUCCUAUAUGUAACAUCACCCUUACCUCUAUAGAAAUGUACCAGUCCCACAUGCAAGGAAAUAAACAUCAGAUUAAAGAAACCAUGGUUGUCAAUCUCAUAAAGAAUUCAAAGAAAACAUAUGACUCCUUUCAAGAUGAAUUAGCUGAUUACAUCAAAGUGCAGAAAGCAAGAGGCCUGGAACCAAAAACAUAUUUCAGAAAAACAGAGGAAGAUGAGUUUAAGACCAGUGAAUUUGAAGAAAACAAUUACCAUGACGACACUGUACCUUUGGAUGUCACGUUUGAACAAGACGAGUAUUCCAGCCCUCUUUCAGAAACGUGGACAUCAAAUGCUGUUGAAAACAGACUGCCAUGCUGGUCGCCAGCUCAUGAGACUAGGCUAAGACUAGAAAACACACUUACAUGUCACUACAGCAAGGAACGUUAUUUGGAAAUGACAUCAUCUCAGGUGACUUCCUACAGAGGUGACAGCUAUGGCCCAGAAUCAAAAGAAUCGGGUGACUGCUAUGACCACGUCUCUUCUGAUACAAGCACCAGCUCUCAUAAGAAAGAACAAAAGGUUCAGAGGAAACAAGACAAGGAGGAACACCACUUUGGAAAAGAAGUGAAACAUGAGAAAGAGCCCACAAAGCAGAAAAGGAAGGCAAACAAUGAAGACACUGAUCCUGGAAAGGAAAGUGAGAAGCAAAAGCAAAGGAAGGUUGAUACAGACUCAGCAAUUGAGAAGAAGUCAAAGCACAGUAAAGAUAAAAGACUUAAAGAAAUAGCCACUGAAAAGGAGAGCAGAAAACACAAAAAGGGUAAAAAGAAGCCCCAAAUUGAUGGCAAAACGGAUGAGGAGAUACUUUGGGAUGAGUCUAUACUGGGAUACUGAUUAUGUUUUAAUUAACAAUAAGAAGUCAUCUCACUUUUUAGUCUCUUAACCAUGGUGUACUAUAUUAUGAUUCAUUUUUUUUAAAGAAAAAAACAAACUUUUUGGUCCCAGUCUUUGAAGCGGGUGACAGCCUAUCUUCUGAAACUAUCAGGUAGUAGAUAGGAAUCUGUUUUUACUAAUCUUACACACACCGCAGUUAUGCAACAGUCUGUAUGAACUUCAAAUCUAGGUCAGCAGUUUACAACAUUCAUUUUGGAGUUCCAUCACUGUGUAUUGUUUCUUCCAAAUAAUAUUCAAAUACUAGAAGUAAAGACACAGAGUAUGGAGGGUUUCUUUCAUUCUUCCAGCAUACCAAAGCUUGUAAAAUUGAAAAUAAGUACACAAUAUUCUCGACCAUUUCUGUAUGUGUUUCACUAAAGGAUUUUAAAGAAGAAUGUGAGCCUAUUUAGGCUUUGGGUUCCAAUUCUUAUUCACUAUUGUUGUUUUUUCACCCAGCUCUGAGGGUGGAAAGAGAAAGGGUCUUUAUUAAACAUGCGACUGAUUGUAAGA